GCAGAACCGGAAAAUAUUGUGCCGGUUUGAAAUCCGACAUAUUCAAUUUUCUCGGAAAAAGAAGAAAGAAAAGAAAAUCUCAAAAUCACAAAAAAAAGAAGAAAGUAUCAGAUUUGAAUUCCCAAAGUACCCCUGAUCUGUAUCUGUUCAAAUCCCCAUUUUCCACUACUUAUCAGCCUCUCUCUCUCGGUCCCUCUCCCUCUGUUGAUGGAGUUGCAUAGGCGCGAAGAUCAGGGUCUCUCCUCGGAGAGGAAAGGGCAGAAGCGGAAACUGGAGGAGGAGAUUGAUGAGGAGCGAGAGAUCUCGAUGGCCUCCGGUGAUGCGCGGCAGGCGUUACUGUCUGAGGUGGUUGCCCAGGUUAAUAUUCUUAACUCCGCUUUUUCUUGGAACGAAGCCGACCGAGCCGCUGCAAAGCGCGCCACGCAUGUCCUCGCUGAGCUCGCCAAGAACGAGGAAGUCGUAAACGGGAUCGUUGAAGGUGGUGCGGUCCCUGCACUAGUGAAGCAUCUGCAGUCCCCGCCGCCGGGCAAAGAUGACCGUGGCCUCAAGCCGUUUGAGCACGAGGUCGAGAAGGGGAGUGCGUUCGCUUUGGGGCUCCUUGCCGUAAAGCCAGAGCAUCAACAACUUAUAGUUGACAAUGGAGCUUUGUUGCAUCUUGUGAAUCUGUUGGACAGACACAAUGAUGGUUCUAGUUCUCGGGCUGUGAAUAGUGUCAUCAGAAGAGCGGCGGAUGCUAUCACUAAUCUUGCUCAUGAGAACAGCCGCAUCAAGACCCGUGUUAGGUUGGAAGGUGGGAUUCCUCCUCUUGUUGAGUUGCUUGAACUUACGGAUACAAAGGUGCAACGAGCAGCUGCCGGAGCUCUGCGGACCCUUGCGUUUAAAAAUGAUGAGAAUAAGAAUCAGAUUGUUGAAUGCAACGCUCUUCCGACACUCAUUCUAAUGCUGCUAUCUGAGGAUGCUGCUAUCCACUAUGAAGCGGUUGGUGUGAUUGGAAAUCUGGUACAUUCAUCACCAAAUAUUAAGAAAGAAGUUCUUAGUGCCGGAGCUUUGCAACCAGUUAUUGCUUUGCUCAGCUCUUCCUGCUCUGAAAGCCAGAGGGAGGCAGCUUUGUUACUUGGACAAUUUGCUGCGACAGACUCAGAUUGCAAGGUCCACAUUGUACAAAGGGGUGCUGUCGGACCUUUAAUUGAUAUGCUUCAGUCUGAGGAUGUGCAGUUGAGGGAAAUGUCAGCCUUUGCAUUGGGCAGAUUGGCACAGGAUGCACACAAUCAAGCUGGUAUAGCACACAGUGGCGGCUUACUGCCAUUGCUGAAACUUCUAGAUUCCAAAAAUGGGUCUCUGCAACAUAAUGCUGCAUUUGCACUUUAUGGCCUGGCAGACAAUGUGGAUAAUGUAUCCGAUUUUAUUAGGGUGGGAGGUGUCCAGAAGCUGCAGGAUGGAGAGUUCAUUGUGCAGGCAACUAAAGACUGUGUAGCCAAGACUUUAAAAAGAUUAGAGGAGAAGAUUCAUGGCCGGGUUUUAAAACACUUGUUAUAUCUGUUGCGCGUAGCAGAGAGGUCUGUCCAAAGGCGCGUCGCUUUGGCGCUAGCUCAUCUUUGUUCUCCAGAUGAUCCAAGAACAAUAUUCAUCGACAACAAUGGAUUGGAAUUGCUUCUUGGGCUUCUUGGUUCUACGAACAAUAAACAACAACUUGAUGGUGCCGUGGCUCUCUAUAAGCUGGCCAACAAAGCAACAACUCUAUCCCCUGUGGAUGCAGCUCCGCCAUCUCCGACUCCACAGGUCUAUUUAGGGGAGCAGUAUGUGAACAAUUCAACUUUGUCUGAUGUUAUCUUUCUAGUUGAAGGAAGACGGUUCUAUGCCCACAGAAUUUGCCUACUUGCUUCUUCAGAUGCAUUCCGUGCGAUGUUUGAUGGUGGCUAUAGGGAAAAGGAUGCAAGAGACAUUGAAAUUCCCAACAUUAGAUGGGAGGUUUUUGAGUUGAUGAUGAGAUUUGUAUAUACUGGGUCUGUGGUCGUUUCACUUGAUAUUGCGCAAGAUCUUCUAAGAGCAGCAGAUCAGUAUCUCUUGGAGGGACUAAAGCGACUUUGUGAAUAUACCAUUGCACAGGAUAUAUCACUGGAAAAUGUUGCAAGCAUGUAUGAACUCUCAGAAGCCUUCCACGCUGUGUCACUGAGGAACACAUGCAUUUUGUUUAUCCUUGAACAGUUUUAUAAAUUGAGUCGGAGGCCUGGGCAUUCCCAACUGAUGCAGCGUAUCUUACCAGAGAUUCAUGAUUACUUUACCAAAGCACUUACCAAACCUAACCCCCACACCCUGCGCUUGUAGAAGGCUUGCCAUUGAUUCUUGAUCUCUAACUAAAACCAUUGUACAGAAAAUGGUAGAUCUCGUUGUUCUUGAGCCAUUUGAAGGUUCCCUUAGAUCGGUUGCAGCAGGGCUCAUUAUCAGUCCUGAUGCUGGAGUUAUGAUGUACGCGAGCUGUAAGUUGUUUUUUUUAUUCCAUUGUUUUAGAUCUUGCAGGAAUAUGGCCUUCACCAACGUGUUUUUUUUUAACUUCUAUGUACCGUGUUGGUUGUACGACUCAAUUCUUCCCUAAACCAGCUGAAUGGCUUUCAGUAAAAGAUGCAUCUUUUUCUAUGCUAAUGUGCAAUAUCAGAUCUCUUAUUGUUUGCUGAGAAGGUGUCGUUAUAGUACUAAAUGCAUUACUAUGCAUGCAAAAUGUGAGAGAUGAUGUAAAAGAAGGUUUUGCCUUUUGGUUCUGUACGAUGUCUUCUAUGAAUUGUUGAGCGAUUCAGGGCAUAAUUACAAAAUUUCAGGUCUCAUUGAGACCUCUGUCUUCUGCCAAUUA